CCAGUACCGCAAUUGGCUGCCUUGUGUUGUGCGCGAGCCAGACUCGGUAGCAGUUACUCGCCUACUCUUACUCGAACGCAGAAGAAGCAGCAGCAAAGACCGUUAUGGGAGGCGGCGGGAGAGGAGGCAGGUCUCGCACUCAGAGAAAACACUUCCGUCAGAGCAGAGACAAUGUCUGGAAGCGUUCCAAGUCCGAUCCAAACGCCAACAGCAGCGCUCCCUCCAACGACCCUAACGAUCCCAAUCCCAAUCCCAAUCCUACGUGGACUCCGUUCGCCACUGAAAACGCGUCCUUCGAUGCCUACUACAAGGGCCAAUGCAUAGUCGAAACCACCGAGUGGGAUCAGUUCGUCUCUGUUCUUAGAACUCCCUUGCCCGCUACCUUCCGAAUCAAUUCCAGUAGCCAGUUCUCCGACGACAUUCGCUCGCAACUCGAGAAUGACUUCGUCCAUUCUCUUCGCGAUGAGGUUGCCGAAGGGGUUGAGAGUGAGACUGAGGCUAUUAGACCUUUGCCUUGGUAUCCUGGAAACUUUGCUUGGCAUUCCAAUUUUUCUAGGAUGCAGCUCAGGAAGAAUCAAACACUUGAGCGCUUCCACGAAUUCUUAAAGCUAGAAAAUGAAAUUGGAAACAUUACAAGACAAGAAGCUGUUAGUAUGGUGCCUCCCCUCUUCUUGGAUGUGCACCCUGAUCAUUUUGUUCUUGACAUGUGUGCUGCACCAGGUUCAAAAACUUUCCAAUUGCUCGAGAUUAUUCAUCAGUCAACUAAAGUAGGAUCACUACCUGCCGGAGUGGUUAUAGCAAAUGAUCUUGAUGUCCAAAGAUGUAAUCUUCUUAUACACCAAACGAAACGCAUGUGCACAGCCAACCUUAUUGUCACUAAUCAUGAAGCCCAGAACUUUCCAGGAUGCCGUUUAAAUAGAAACCAUGAAGUGAUGGAGCCAGAUCAGCAUAUAGGCCAAUUAUUGUUUGAUCGUGUUCUGUGUGAUGUCCCAUGCAGUGGGGAUGGUACCCUUCGUAAAGCACCUGAUCUCUGGAGGAAAUGGAACACAGGGAUGGGACAUGGGCUUCACCCCCUACAAGUUAUAAUUGCUAUGCGAGGUUUAUCUUUGCUUAAAGUUGGUGGUAGAAUGGUUUAUUCAACUUGCUCAAUGAAUCCUAUUGAGAAUGAAGCUGUGGUUGCAGAGGUCUUGCGGAGAUGUGGUGGGUCUGUUAAACUUGUUGAUGUAUCUAGUGAGGUUCCCAAACUUAUCCGUCGCCCUGGUCUCAAGACAUGGAAGGUAUAUGAUAAGGGCACUUGGUUGGCGUCUUACAAAGAUGUCCCUAAAUAUCGUAGGAGUAUAGCUCUUGCUAGUAUGUUUCCUUCUGGCAGCAGCUUUCAUGAAUCUGUUGACACUGAUUGUAAUGUUGAAAUGGGAUAUGAUGUUACUGAUGGUGUUGGUGAAAAUUCUGAAGAUGGUGUUCAAGAAAUGGUUAAUUCUGUGGUGCCUGAAUCUGCUGAGGUUUCUGAUUUCCCUCUAGAGCAUUGUAUGAGGAUAGUUCCUCAUGAUCAGAACACUGGAGCCUUCUUCAUUGCUGUACUGCAAAAAGUUUCUCCUUUGCCAGCAAUUCCGGAGAAAACCAAAAAACGAAUUAGUAAGCCAUGUGCGGAACCAUUAAACACUCUUGAGGGUGAACGACUGUUGCAGGUUGAUUCCUUAGAAAGUGCACAAGCUGUCCUUGAAACAGUUCCAGAAGAAAACGUAAAUGGCCAUGAACCCCCUGCAAUAGAUGUGGAAGUUAGCCCUGUCACAUGUGAAGAAAAGAAUUCCAAGGAAACACAGGAAGCCCAUAAUGUAGAGAACAUGACCAAGGUUCCUGGAAAAAGAAAGCUGCAAAUUCAAGGAAAAUGGAGAGGUGUUGAUCCUGUUGUCUUUUUCAAAAGUGAAGCAAUUGUUAAUAAUAUAAAGGAUUUUUAUGGGAUCGAUGAGCAUUUUCCAUUUGAUGGUCAUCUUGUUACAAGAAAUGAAGAUGCAAGUCACGUGAAAAGAAUUUACUAUGUCUCCAAGUCAGUCAAGGAUGUUCUUGAGUUGAACUACUUAGUUGGGCAGCAGCUUAAAAUAACUUCUGUCGGUCUGAAGAUGUUUGAAAGACAAUCAGCACGACAAGGUAGCUCUGCACCAUGUUCUUUCCGGAUAUCAUCUGAAGGACUGCCUCUCAUUCUCCCACACAUAACAAAACAGAUUCUGCGUGCAUCUCCUGUAGACUUCAAGCAUCUUCUUGAGAAUAAAGAUGUAAAAUUUGAAGAUUUUGCUGAUGCCGAGUUUGGUAAAAAGGCUGCAAGCCUAAUGCCAGGUUGUUGUGUACUAAUUUUGGGUAAAGGGAACGAGGUUGGCACAGAGCCCAUCCAAGUAGAUGACUCAACAAUUGCAAUUGGAUGCUGGAAGGGUAGGUCAAGAUUGAAUGUGAUGGUUACCGCAAUGGACUGCCAAGAACUGCUUGAAAGGCUUGCAAUACGGCUAGGUUCAGAAAAUGGCUCGUCAGUGCAUGUGGUCAAAUCUUCCAUUGAUGGGGAAGGGGAGUUGAAUGGUAAGAUUGAUGGUGAUGCUAUUGCUGUUACUGAGGUUAAAAGUGACAGGUUGACGGAUAUUUAUUACUAGGUUCGAACAGCAGUUAUGGAAUGUUUUCCGAUCAUCCACAAAACGUGAAAGAUGAUUUAGCUGUUUAUUUUAGUUAGCCUUUGUACUUUCAAACAAAUCCACAAUCUUCAAUUCACAUUUGUAUCAGUAUAAUCUAUAGCUUUUAAGGAUUACAGUUAUAGGAAACUUUGUUGUUAACGCAUCGAGAUUAUUAGUUAGAUGGAUCUCUCUCUCAUUUUUUUUCUCAA